AUGAAUAUUUAUCUGCCUCAAUAUUUUAUGCUUUUUGCCUCCUCAUCGAAUAUAAAUCAGCAGACAGUUUCUGUUCCACUGUCUACAAGUUCAGCAGGAAUCUUUCAGAGCGUUGUUACGUGUACUUUACUAAAAAUACCUUCUACUUUUGAGACAAACGGCGUUUUCUCGGAAACAUCACUUUCUAACUCAAAUAGAAACGGAAGUAUUACUUUCAAUUGUUCUCAAGUCGGACGUGCAGUGCCUUUCAUUUGUCAUGACAAGUUUAACAAAAGUAUUUUGUUCUUGGACAAAAGUUUUAUUCAAUGCAGAAAGGCUCCUGUAGUAUCUGUUCGUCCUGAAAACGUCCGUUUGAUAGUGAGACCCAUCCCCUUUACUCAGCAAUUGAGUGUUGUACUAAGUGAGAAUGCAUCAAACUCCCGCGUUGUCGUUACAUGCCAGAAGAAAGAAGUUUCAGGUUUAUCAGUUUCCAUUCCUCCAGUUACAAUUGCACCUGGAAUGUCAACUGGAGUUAUUUCUGUUACAAUAAUAUCAUUUUCUAAUUCAAGCUCAUUCACCAUUGCAUGCAAAGCACAGUCAGAUAAUGGUAAUCAAUACAUUACAGAAACUUCCGAAGGAAUCAGUUCGAAGAUUUCAUUGAUAGGUGGAGAAAUGAUGUUAAUGCCCAAUGAUGUAAACUUAUAUAGCCUUCAAUUUCAGGUUCUGUUAAAUCUGAACGCAAUUAGUCGAUAUGUGGCAGUUCUAUGUAGCGUCAGUGUGGCUAACAAUGAAACAGAUGCAAAUAAUUUACUAAAUGAUAACACAUGUGAAGUUACUUCCAGAAAUGAUGGAAAUGCGAAUAGUUGGACUAUAACACCUUACCUAAAUGAAUUCAAGGCAGCAUCAACUUCGUCUUCUACCGAUUCACUUUCACGUUUACUAACUGUAAAACGUAAUUCUUAUCCAUCAUCUAACUAUACUAAUGAAAUGGAAGUAUUAAUUUUAAAAUGUUGCAGUACAACACAAAAUGCUACUGUGGAUCCAGCUUUUGCCAAUAUUAAAACAACAAGCAGAAUAAACAUUCUACUAAAACCUGCUUUAUUUAUUAAUAAAGGUGAUGAAUUGCCUUCAGAUCAAUCAUUUACAUAUCCCGAUCCUGCAUGGACAGAAAUUUCACCGUGUCCUUGUGAUUUGACCGCAGGUACUUGUGAUCUUGGAUGCUUUUGUGACAACUUAUGUCCAGUUAACCAAUCAGCAAACCUAUUUUCUGGCCUAUUUGGUGGUAAUUUCCAUAUACCAAAUCAACACAGUUGUGAUGCAGCGUUGAAAGCGACUAAUAAUCGGAGAAAUAUACUUGAUUUAAUAAAUCGAGGUUUCACAAGACUACCGGAAUAUCAUCCUAUUUUGUGCAUUGUUACUGAUAAUAAUGCAGUACUUGGAAAGUAUUACAAAUCAUCUCCACCCGCUAAAAGUUAUACUGACUUAGACAAUAAUGUCCAAAAUGCAAAAAUUGAAUUUCCCUCAGAUCAAGUCAUUGACUCAAGUGCAAGAGAAGUUUCCGUUGGUGAAAAGAAACAAAAAGGUCGCUUGUACGUUUAUGGUGAUCCACUGCAUCUAAUGAUAGAAUCAGUGAUCCUAGCAUCUUCUGAUGAUCCAAGUAUUUUUGUGAGUGAAUAUAAUGACUAUUUCGUUCUACCGGACAACAUGAAUUGUGAUCUGGAAUCGAAUAUACCAGUGGAGUUCUUAUCCGACAGGAGUAUUUACAGAUGUCCUAUAUCUCUAUCAAGUAGUCGGUGUCAAGAUGCAGUCAGUUCAAAGGAGAGUAUUGGAAACGGUUGGGGACCAAGAAAAUUAUUGGAUCGUUUUAAUAUCACGAUAUUCGCACCAGUUUUCCGUUUACGCAUGAACCGUUUACGUGAUAAUGUACCCGUGCCAGUAGAAGUCAACUAUUUCUGUUUAAGUCAAGAUGAAGUACAGAAUUUUAUAAUUUCUUCACAGUCAACUCUUAAUGUAAAACAAUCAAAUCAAAAUGGUUUUUUCAACCAUAACUGUACAUAUAAUGAUACAACGAAGUUGACAUUGUGUAUUCCACUACAAAGUUCAAUCAAUACAAAUACGUUCACGCCAACAGUUUGUAAUUGGCACAAUGGUUUCAACUUUCCACCUGAAGUUGAAUUUUCAAAUAAUGUUUGUAACAAUGUUGUACUGAAAGUGGAUUAUAAAUUUGUUUGGUCUAAUGGAAGCAUUUCGCAAGCACUAGGUCAAGUAUACCUGGCUAACUUAUCUGUAACAUCUACAGAAAUUGUUUACUACCAAGAAUAUUCUGUUAAUUUUGUACACACUACCGAAUUGGAUGGUGAAGUUAAUACGAAUUUGCCUUCUCAUUUUUUGAAGGUUAUCUCAGGAUGGUGGUUUUGUGUCUCUACCAUUGAGUCAUUCAGUGAUCAACCAUUUCCACGUCUUUUAUCAAGUUCGACAGGACAGGGUUGCUUACAUAGAAGUACAUGGACAGGUUAUGAGUUGGAUGAUAUUGUUGUUACCGGUCAAGUCACAUCCUUGCCAACACAACGUUUUCUUGUCCAGACAAAUGCAGAAACAAACAGUAUAUCGGGUACAGUGAAAACAGGUCCAGAUAUGUUAUGUGAUAAUGCAGAAGUAGACCAACUUAAAUUCGGUAAGAACACAGUCAGUUCUUGUCGUGUUCUACUUAAUUUAAAUGACUUCGAAAAUUGUGAUAAACUGAGAAGUCUUACUACUGCUAGAUUAAAUCUGUUUAUUCCAAGUGAAGUAAUUGCAGUCUAUCCACAAGCAUCUAAAACUUCAUCAAAAGACUGGAUUUUUAUUCACAAAAGUGAUCCUCUUUUAAGAUCAUCAGAAGCAGUACAGAAUUCAUCUGCCAUCGGUGCUCCAGCUGGCUUCUGUCCUAAUAUCACAUCAGCUAUAUAUCUCAAGAUAAUCUACGCGAUUCAAGGAAAAUUACAAGGAAUACCUAUCAAGCAAAUUGUUUCUGCUUCAGUUGAAUAUUCACAGGAUGAUUGGCAAUUUAUGUGUGAUUCCGUAGUUUAUCCAUCUGUCUGCAGAAAUUCAAGUGUUGUAAAUGAUGUAAAAAAUUUCUAUUUAAGUACAAUAAUUAUGUUUUCAGAAAUAUCUGUACCAACGGAGGAAGUAUUGAAUGCAAAACUAAACUGUGAUUUAGAUACAUGUUGGAAUGAUGCAUUCUAUGCAUGGACUGGAUUGAAUAAAUUAUAUAUACAAACCGGUAAAAUUGAACAAACUUUUGAAAUUGGAGUUACAUUAGCACGAAAUGUGUUAUUAUUCGUCUACUUGAAGCUAACUUUUGUUGACGAACUCAUCGGUUCAGUUGCUGGUUAUUAA